CCGAGAUUCAAGCCAAACGUGAAAACUUCAACCAGAGAGACAUACGCUUCGUCGACCUUCCCCAUUAUCCAUCGCUAUCGAUUGCCGACGAUGCUGCUGAACCUCCUGGGCGCCUCGGCGCGACGCUCGCUUCUCCUGUCUCCUGGCCGCACAUUCGCCUCGCGGGCGGGCGCGCUCGGCUCCUUCUCCAAUGUGCUGGAUGGCGCUCUCAACGUCAAGUCGGCGCAGUUCCAAGAAUCCCAGGCGAAUAUGGCCAAACUCACGGCCGAGCUGAAGGAACGCGUGGCCAAGGCGCGUCAGGGUGGAGGAGAAUCUGCACGGAAGCGCCACGAGUCCCGAGGCAAGAUGCCUGUCCGCGACCGCAUCGACUCACUGCUGGAUCCAGGUUCGCCCUUCCUGGAACUGUCGCCGCUGGCUGCGUACGACAUGUACGGGGGCGACGUACCCAGCGCCGGCAUCGUCACGGGUAUCGGCCGCAUCAAUGGCGUCGAAUGUAUGAUCCUAGGCAACGACGCCACAGUCAAGGGCGGCACUUACUUCCCUCUGACCGUCAAGAAGCAUCUUCGAGCUCAGGAGAUCGCGCAAGAGAACCGUCUACCAUGUGUCUACCUCGUGGACUCUGGCGGUGCCUUCUUACCGCUGCAGGCCGACAUUUUCCCGGACCGCGACCACUUUGGCCGUGAGUUCUACAACCAAGCGACCAUGUCGGCCAUGGGCAUCCCGCAGAUCGCUGUGGUUAUGGGCAGUUGCACGGCUGGAGGAGCGUACGUGCCGGCCAUGUCGGACGAGAGCGUCAUUGUGAAGGGAAACGGUACAGUGUUCCUCGGAGGACCGCCACUCGUCAAGGCAGCGACAGGUGAAGUCAUCACGCCCGAGGAACUGGGCGGCGCCGAUGUGCAUUGCCGCACGUCCGGCGUGACCGAUCACUACGCCAACAAUGACGCUCAUGCGCUGGACAUCACACGACGUAUCGUCAGCAAUUUGAACUACCGCAAGGAGCCUGCUGUUACUCAAACACCAAUUGAGGAACCGAUCUACUCGCCCGAUGAACUGGGCGGUGUGAUUCCUGUGGAUUCUCGCAAGCCUUUCGACGUGAGGAAAGUGAUCGCCCGUAUUGUGGACGGCAGUCGCUUCGACGAGUUUAAGAAAGAGUAUGGACCUACCAUCGUCACUGGCUUUGCACGUCUGUACGGGAACCCUGUCGGUAUUGUGGCAAACAACGGUAUUCUCUUCUCCGAGUCGUCUGUGAAGGCUGCACAUUUCAUCGAGCUAUGCAGCCAACGCGGCAUUCCUCUGCUGUUCCUGCAGAACAUCACCGGUUUUAUGGUCGGUAAGAAGGCCGAGCACGGCGGUAUCGCUAAGGACGGAGCAAAGAUGGUCAUGGCCGUCUCGAACGCUAAAGUACCGAAGAUUACGUGCAUCAUUGGCGGCUCUUACGGUGCCGGCAAUUACGGUAUGUGCGGCCGUGCGUUCUCUCCUCGCUUCCUGUACAUGUGGCCGAACGCCCGUAUCUCCGUCAUGGGUGGCGAGCAGGCUGCUGGUGUGCUGGCUCAAGUGCAGCGUGACAACUAUGAGCGUCGUAAGGAGACCUGGUCCGCCGAAGAAGAAGCUGCCUUCAAGCAGCCGAUUCUGGACAAGUACGAGAAGGAGAGCUCAGCGUACUACUCGACGGCUCGACUCUGGGAUGACGGCAUUAUCGACCCCAAGGAUACGCGUAAGGUGCUUGGACUGAGUCUCAGCGCUGCGCUCAACGAGAAACCUCAGGAAACAAAGUUUGGCGUCUUCCGCAUGUGAAACGGAUGUUCAGCAAGAGAAAAGCUGUUAAUUGUCAAUAUCUCUUCUCUAUUGUCACGUUGCAUGCAGUCUAGGCUUACGAAGGAAGCACUUGUUGACGCAGGAACACGAACACGAAAGCAGAGUAUCAAUUCCUGCUUGAAAAUCAAACGAAGCACAGUUCGGGGCGCCCUGAACUGGAUGAGAGAGAACUGAUGUAGUUUACGCCUGCUUCUCGGCGGCCUUCUUGCUAGCUUGGAAGCGAAUGCCACGCUGGAGCUGGUAGAGCUGAGCCGCUUCGUUCGAGGCGUGGCACGCCAGCAGGAGGUAGUUACGAGGUUUCACCAUCCACGCGAACCGCAUGAAGAUCAGACUGUAGAUUGACAGAGCUGCAACGACAACAAUAGCAGCAGUUAGUCUCAGUCCAUGCAGCUUUAGCUAACACUGUUGAUACCUACCCGACGUCAUGUUGAUGGAGAUCACAUCAGCGGGUUUCCGCAUAUCGGCCAUAGCCUGCAAGAUACAAUAACAACAACACAACUACCAGUCAGGCGAUGUCUCGGACG